UAUUUAUUAUAAUACAACCUGAAAAGUACGUAAGACCGCUGACUUAUUUUCUUUAAUGUCGAAAUGACAUUCGCAUGACCGAAUGUGACAAUAUCAAAAAACAAUGUAUCUAUAUAAAUUUUAAUUGUUUAUUAAAUAUGACUCAAAUUAUUAAGAGAGGAAAAUGGUAUUCGCCUCAUUUGCAUAAUGAUUAAACUUUAUUUAUUUUAAUAUAACAGAUAAUAAAAGGCAAAUUAGAAAACCAGUAAAAUUCAACGUUAUCAUAUAACAGUACCAUAUCUGCUAGCCACAAUAUUAGUAGUUACUGCAAAACGUUGAUUAUGUAUAAUAUAUAAAAAUAAACUUUUAAUAUAAACAGUAAAUAUCAAAAAGUGACGUGUAUCAGCAUAAAAGUGACAGUGAAUAUAAAAAUGCCUUAACACAAUGAAACCAUCAAAAUUCCAUCCAAAAAGCACCAUCCAGUACGACUCGUACGAGGUCAUAAUCGCCAGUACGGCCUUCUGGUGCACAUCGUACGGAAUCCUGCGCCUGCUGCUCCCUAACAAACCGCAGGAGUUCACCUGCAGAAUUCUAACCUUCGUCCACGGCUUGAUAAUGGCUUAUCUCGGGGUACGCGAGUGUUUGAUGCCCGGCACUCCGUUCAUUUAUCCGGAACUCCAAACGACUUGCAGCCACAAAAGAGUGAUGGUGAUGAGUCUGGGUUACUUCAUUUUCGAUUUACUAUGGAGCGUCCUGUUUGGUUCGGAGACGAAGCUGAUGCUGACCCACCACAUAUACAGUAUUUGUGCGUUGGCGAGGAUGCUGUUCAAAAAUACGGCCGGACCGCAAGCGAUGUGCUCGUUGGGUACCAUGGAGAUUACCAAUCCGUUGUUGCAAACCAGAUGGUUCAUUCGAAGUGCGGGGCUGUAUCCUUCUAAAUUACAUACGGCGACGGAGUUUGCCUUCUUUGUCACAUUCGUUGUUGUCAGGAUAUUUAUUGGUACUUAUUUUAUGUUUUUGGUGUUUACUCAAACGCAGAACGAUUUGGAGUUUUUGUUUUUGGCAAUGGCGAUCUACGUUAUGUCCUGGAUGUUUAUGAUAAAUAUUCUGGCAUAUGUUAAGAAGAAGUACGUGGUUGAAGAGGACUCCAACAAAGACACAUGAUACGUAAUGUUAAGUUUGGUCCGUAACUAGUAAAACAUCUACGUUUUAUUGUGUAUUACGUAUGUAAAUGUUUACAACAAAGGCGAAACUAUCCUAUGUGUACGUAUAUAAAUUAAUAAAUUUUGGAAUUA